AAAAAAAGUAUAAUGCGUGCCUCUAAAAGAAGAAUGGGCGGGUUUAAACCCCCGGGUUUUCAUUUCUCUCUGUACAGUAAUAUUCUUUUUUCAGAGAUUCCACCAUGGCGAAUGAAUUGAAAGUGCUUUUGUACACGACAGGCAUUAUAGCUACAGGGUAUGCUUUGAUGAAGACAACAGUUCCUGAUGAAGAAGCGUUAAAAAAGCGUCUUGACCCUCGAAUGUUGAAGGAAUACGAAGAAAAGCAAUCAAAGAGUCGGCAACAGAAGCAGCAUCUCCUAAGCCUUAUGCAACAAGCAGCCGAAUCAGAUAAGCCUGCUUGGGAAAUAGCUAACGAAAUCGUAGCCAGUGAACAACAAAAAGAGCAAAACAAAUAGAAACAAAAAAAAAGUCACUGAGCCCCCAUCGUUUUAUACAAUUUGUGUUUAUAAAUUUUU